AUGAAUUAUCCUAGAGAAUUAUUUGUCCCCUCAUCUAGCUACUAAAAGCAAAGAAAUAAGAAGGAUCAUGAAGCUUCGAGAAUGGCUGAUUUUUUAAAUCAGAAUAUUUAAGAUUCAUCUACGGUCAUUGAUGUAGGCUGUGGAAAAGGAUAUGUUUCUUUAGAAUUAGCAGAUCUGUAUGUUAAAAGAUAGAGUGAGAACAAGCUGAAUAUAAUCAUGGUAGAUGGGCAAUAGAAUAAUAUUCAGAGUUUAAAGCAAGAAUUUGAAAAGCGAGAGAAAUUAAAUGGUUAAAUUCACACUGAACUUCACACUAAAUGGAUUAACUUACUCAAUUAUAAGGACGUUAUUCCGGAUUUAGGUUAGAAGAAUUAGAUUACAAUAACUGGUAUACAUCAAUGCGGUAAUUUGAGUAGCUUGUCAAUUCAUGAGUUUUGCAAAAAUGCCAACGUAAACUAACUAGCCAUAAUCGGCUGCUGCUAUAAUUGCUUAACAGAGAGGAUGAAUUAUGAAAUGAUUAAGAGCAGCUAAAUAUUUUAAUAGUACACUAAUUCCUUGUAAGUGGAUGAGGGCAGCGGCAGAUUAUGGGACGACUAAUUCGUAGAGUGCAAACUAGAGUAAGAAAUCAAUCCUGAACUUGUUUUUGGAUUCCCUAUUUCUAGACAUGUUUGGCAAUAAAUGAAUCUGAGUCAAUUAUUCCUUGGUAGAAGCGUAAGGAACGCAGCUACAGUAAGUUUAAAGUCUUAAAAACUACUAAAAAACUUUGAUGAUACAAUUACAAAGCUAUUUUAUCGAGCAGCAUAUGAAGCAAUAAUUUAAGACAAGAAUGCAAUCUCCACCCUUUAAGGUGAAGAAGAAAGCAAUAGCUUAAAAUAAAAGUCAUAUGAUUGUGGAGGAUAAGUUCAUAAGCGUCGUAGAAUUAAGAAGAUUAAGGAAUUAGAUUUCAAGGAAUAUGUGGAGUAAAUUAAUCUGGUUAACUCUUAUUAAAUUGACAUGGAUAAAAUUUAAUCGGAAUUCGACAAAAAUUACAAACCUUUAAGGAAGAAAUUUGAAAUAAUAUAUAUCCUAAAAGCAUUGCUAUCUCCUCUGACAGAGUCACUAAUCGUUCUCGACAGACUUAUUUAUAUUUAGGAAUAAGGAUAUAGUGAUAGCAAAAUUAUAGAAAUUUUUGAAAAGUAACUUUCUACCAGAAAUUAUCUCAUUUAUGCGAAAAAGCCAUCCUCUAAAUUAGUUCUCUGA